AUGGAAGGAGGCGAGCGAGGGGCCAGUCUGGCGGCUCUCCAGCUGCAGCCACCUUGUUUCCUGCACCUGGCGAUUAUUCACGAGGAGAAGGGCCUGAGCCUGAAGGCGAUCCGGCAGAUGGCCGGCAACCAGGCCUUCCUCGACUUCCAGAACCACCUCAGCCAGACUGCGCUUCACCUGGCCGUUAUCACCGAUCAACCUGAAAUUGCUGAGAACCUUCUGAAGGCCGGAUGUGACCCAGAAAUCAGAGACUUCCGAGGGAACACGCCGCUCCAUAUCGCCUGCGAGCAGGGCUCCCUGCGAAGCGUCAGCGUCCUCACGCAGCACUGCCAGCAGCACCACCUGCCCUCUGUCCUGCAGGCCACCAACUAUAACGGACACACAUGUCUCCAUUUGGCAUCUAUUCAAGGAUAUCUGGCUGUUGUUGAAUACUUGCUGUCCUUAGGAGCAGAUGUGAAUGCUCAGGAGCCAUGCAAUGGCAGAACUGCACUACACUUGGCUGUAGACCUGCAGAAUUCGGACCUGGUGUCACUUCUGGUGAAACAUGGAGCAGAUGUGAAUAAAGUGACCUACCAGGGCUAUUCCCCGUAUCAGCUCACGUGGGGAAGAGACAACACCAGCAUACAGGAACAGCUGAAGCAUCUGACCGCAGCUGACCUGCAAAUGUUGCCAGAAAGCGAGGACGAGGAGAGCAGUGAAUCGGAAUCUGAAUUCACAGAGGAUGAACUUAUGUACGAUGACUGCCGUAUUGGAGGACGACAGCUGGCAUUUUAAAGCAGAGAUUUCCUGUGAAAGGAAGUGACUGUGUACAUAUGUAUAGGAAAAGGACUGGCAUUUUUCUUU